CGUGAAACUGGUUUCCGUUUCCGGUUGUUUUGUGGAUAAGAAAAUUUUAUAAAUACAAAUGAACUACAGCAGUUAGAAGAAAAUUGAAAACAAUGUUUUGUGUUUAAAUGAAAUUUUAACGAGAAUGAUCUAGGUUUUUUCAAUGUCGUCUACAGUGGUUUUAACUCAAAUUGAGCAUCAGGCUGAUUGCUUUGAUGAUAAUGAGUCUGAAGAAUACAGAGAAGCAGAUUUAAUUGUCUUUGAUAGCUGCUCUAAAGGAAUAGGCAUUAAAAUUUGUGGUGGGUGUAGUCGGGAUGGUAGAGAGGUUAAUGGUAUUUUCAUCAAGAGAAUUUUACCUGGAGGACUUGCAGAUCAAGAUGGAAGACUGCAGCAAGGAGAUGAAAUCUUAUCUGUCAAUGGUGAAAGUUUCCAAGGAAUUACAAAUGACAGAGCAGUAGCAAUUUUACGGCAAGCUUCUGCAUCUAACCAUGUGGAAAUGGCCGUAGCCCGAGAUGACCAGUCAAAAUCUGAAUUUUUGGAAAUUCUAGAGAAGCAAAAUGGUCUUAGUUUCCCCUGCACUCCAGUUCCAAUGGAGACCCAAGGAAAGAAAGAAAUUUCGAAGAAUGUCAUGAUGAAUGGUACAUCAGAGCAUGACCGAAGUUCCUGUAGUUCUCCGCGCUAUCUAAUGGAAAGCAGUCCUCAACACUCACCGAGAGAAGAGAUUUUACAUUUCCACCAGAACAACCAGGACCACAUUGUACCAGAUAGCUUCUCUUCCACGCAGGAACAACACCAGCCUCUCCACCAUUUUGUUCCUAACAGCAGACACAUGAUUCCCAGCAUGGCUUCCACACCUCAUAACAACGCAGGAAAGAUGAGCAGCAACAUAUCAUCUUUAUAUUCUGUGGAUCCAUCACCUGUUCAUGGAAGCAUGACAUCAACCUCUGACCCCUUCACAUCUGUGACAUCUAAUGAAUCGUCCAGGCACAGACACAUGUCAAAAUCACGGAAAUUGUCUCUAGACCCCACUGUGAGACUCAAGAUUGAAAAAUUACAAGUGGCUCUGCGAUAUCUUGGCCUGGAGCCAACUGAUGAACAGGAAGUGUGCCUGAAGGAUCAGCUGACAGUGGACUCUGCUGGAACUGUCAAUUACGGAGAUUUCGUGGCUGUAGUUCGAGAUGUGUUUAAAGAAGAGCUACAAAGGAAGAAAAUUGAUCCUCGUGCCAUGUUGUUUGCAGCCAAUGAUAUUACAGAUUUUGUGGAGCCACCAUCUUUUAAACACUCUGUCAGCCACUUCCAUAGUUCUGGUGAUGAGUACAGUGAGAUUCGACAGGACAGGGACAGGUUACAGCUAGAAGUUCAGAGAUUGAGGAAAGCUGAGAGUGCAAUGAAAAAGGUGGAGAUUGCAGAGCGAGCCCAGAGAGAAGCUAGUAAUGUGGAGAAGGACUAUGAAGAGGUGGUGCAACUUCUGGAGGCUGAGGUGGUCAAGUUAAAAGAAGACCGCAAAAUAAAUGUUCCAAGUAAUGCAGAGACUCAACAACAAAUGGCAGUAUUUUCCUGUCAAUUGAAAAAAUUAGAAGCAGAAAAGAAGACUUAUGAAGUAGCAACUGAAAAAUUGUUACAGUUUGCAGAGAAUGUACAUGAAGCCAUGGUGUCACAAGGGAACAAUUUAGGGGCAACGAAAGGAGACCCAGCUAGAGGGAAUCGUCCACCAGCAUACCUGGGCAGACACAAACAAACCAACCCUAAAACCAUCGCAGCCGAGGCUAAGGAAGUUGUGACUGCUGUUAGGGCCAUCAUUGAGAAAGAUCCUCUACCAUAUGGAUGGGAAGAGGCAUAUACAGCAGAUGGCUUGAGAUAUUACAUAAAAGACGAGAUUCCCCAGCUCUGGUUACCCAGUCACGGUAAAACCAACGAUCCGGACCCCUGCUCGGAGUACUGGAUUGGGCCGGUUCGGACUAGUUUUCUCGCUAUCUCUCUUCACCACAGUGGUCCACUCGACUUGCCACCUGGGGGUGCUAGCACUCGGGAGGAAGAGGACACAGUCGCCCAACAAGAAAAGGCAUCGAAGUCGGCGAACGUCAAAUCGACCCCAUCAACGAGUAGCAACCGAAACAACGGGGAAGCUCGCGUCGGCGCUUUCACCCGAUCAAGGAUCGUGAAGAAACCCCGAAGAGACUUCAGCCCUCCCGAGUCCCCGGUGAAAAAACAAACGCCAAAGGAAACUAAGAUCAGUACACCUGAAACAAAAACAAAGAGACAGUGGGAACUUUGGAGCUCGGACGAUAAGGAUGCAUUCUUCGAGGCGUUGUUUGAGCAUGGAAAAGAUUUUGAUGCCAUUCAGAACUGGAUUGCCACCAAAUGUAGGAGAAAAAAUGUAAAUCCGGGGCUCAUUAAAAACAAGGACCAGGUGCGACAUUUAUACUAUCGUACCUGGCAUAAGAUUUCAAAGUUCAUCGAUGUCGAUACAGAGGUUAAGAAAGAAAUCCAGGAAUUAUAUGGUCUCAUAAAUUAUGGAGUUCUGAGGAAGAAAAUCAAAGGAGUUCUAAAUGAAAAAGUUGGAGCCAAGUUGAAUGAUCUUGUUUAUACAGGAUGUACGGCUGUAAAAGUCAGAGGAAAGAAUGUAAGGAUAAAAACUCCGAUGUGCAAUGCUUUGAAGAAACUGAACAAUAUCGAUGACAAUAAAUCUGAGUCCUCAGAGAAAGUCCCAGACAAGAUCUGUGUAGAGAUGACCCCCAAGACUAACGCCGCUUGGUCCUUCGUCCAGGAGCUGGCCACGAAUCCCCGGGUCAGGAUGCUGCUGAAGGGGGACAGGAAGCUGUCCUCUGUGAUGAACUACAUGAGCAGCAAGUGGAAGCCACACAGAGUCAAACUUAAAGAGAGUUUGGAUGGGGAGAAUGACAUGAACACUGUAUUGAUGGUGUAUCCCCACCGUGACUGUGAGGUUACACCCGUGUCACUUCAUUCAAUCAAGGAGACUAAAGUCAACUUGGCAUUCAAUCACUACAAAGAGAAUACCAAGAACUUGGUGACCGUUUCAAAGGGUAAGAAGAUGGAAGCUGUAGCUCCCACCUGUGAUAGUUCUUCAGUUGACGCUGGAGAAUCAUUAGUUACUGGGACCUUUGACUCGCCAAAGUCAACCAAGAGUGGCAAAGACUCUACAAGUAAAACUGACAGUGGCUCCUCGUAUAGUGUAGAUGUGGGUGCUAUUGUAGAUGGGGACAAUGCCAUGUUCCCUGACACACUUUUAUCACUUACCCAGAAGAAAGACAAUGGUUUGAACAAAGAGGGAAUUAGUAACACAAUAGAACUCUCUUCUGUGGAAGAUACAGAUGGUUGUGUUCCCAUGGAAAUGGAAGUCUUGCAGGAUAAAGUGAUUGGUUGUGAUAGUGAUAAGAAAGCUGACCCCACAGCAGAAGAACUAGCAGCCAUAGAAUCUCGUCGAUUAAAAGAGGCCCUAGAAGGGGGUUUAAGUGUGGACAAGGCAGAUAUGACUUUAGCAGAACUAUACCUAAUGUUUGGCAAGGAGGGCAAGCUUCGUAUGGAGUAUGAGUGGUGUAAAGAAGAAGUAAUUCCUGAACAUUUGUGUAAUAUGUUGAGAAGACUGGUCAAUUUAGCUACCAUUCAAUUCACAGACAUUAAUACUAAGAGUCCCAAUACUUCUAAUUCACCAUGUCAUGCAUGUGGAAUGGUGAAAAGUAAAUCUCGAGUGAGCAACUCUCGUGGUCAGAAAAGCAGAUGUCCUUUGACCUCCAAGUAUGGAGAAGGUUAUUCUGAUGCAAGCACUCAGACCACUGCCAACAAAAAGGUUGAUAACUCGGUUCCCAAGGAGGCAGUAUUCCGUGUCCCGGUGUGUAGCCCCGCAUUCUUACAAAGAAAUCUCAGUGGUACAGUGACCAGUAAACCCAGCCAGGUCACUGCAAACACUCAUUUCUUGCCUCCACAAAGGGGAAUGAAAAAGAUUCGAACAAAUCGGAAGCAGUUGUCGAUACAGCGUAAUAUUUUACCCAAACAGCCGAUGAUGACAGUUCUUCGCCCCUCUGGUCAGCAGCCUCUCUCCAUUCCUGUGUGUCCGCAGAUGGGCCUGGUCAGUGUCCCAAAUAAUGUGCGACUACAACCAAAAACCAUCACCACAACAGGUACACCUGGUGGAACUCCGGUGCAGCUUAAUGUUCAACCACAGUCACCGGGGAACAACAACAAUAAUAUUGCCCAUUUACUAAGGGGAAUUGACAUUGACCUUUCCCAGAGUUCAGCAGCAGCAUCAUCAUCAGAAAAUAUUACUCAAAAGGAUGUAACAAUUUCCCGCAAUACUCUCUCUCCGCCUAAUAUUUCAACACUGUUGGAUAUGUCACUCUCAAACCUACCCACUGGAAGUGCUGAAAAUAGUGAUAAACUGAUAGACCUAGCAAUUGGCAACUCCAGUUCAAAUACAACAUUUUCAACACUAUUAGAGUCGCAGAACCGUGAUGUUUUAAAUACCCCCAAAAAGAAUCCCUCCAAAUACUCAUCACCUCCUGGCAGCCCCACCCGCAACCCAUGGCUAAACUCAGGGGAGGAUGGAGGAGACCUGACUUUUAUGAAUCUUUUAACUGACUCCCCCCUGAAGCCUCCCCACACAUACCAUGUGUCCACAGCCCCUAACCCAGCCAUACAAACCACACCUUUGUUUAGUGAAAGUUCACGAGACUCCAUAAUGGGACGUUUAGACGUGGACGGAACCAUACAGAGUGUGUUGUAUGAUAACAGUAUUGAUUAUGCAGUGAAAUUCCAGGAUCUUGCAGCUCACAUCAGUGGAAAUUCGGAUUCUUCUCUUCUACGGAAAACAGAUUCCAGUGGUUGAGACAUCCCAUGAUGCCACUUUAUGUCACAUCAUUGUUUAACUCUAUGUACAAGUCUAAUGAUUUGCCUUUUCUGGACUCUCUUCAUCUUCUGUCAUCUCUCUUUAAAUUUGACAAUGAGAACAACCCUAUGUUUUAUAUUGAAACAUGUAGAUGCAUUGAGUAGCCAUACUGGCCUCAGGAUGUACAUUUUCAUGAGUGCAGAACAUUUUUAAUUCACAAAUUUUUGCAUGUUUAGGGAAUUGAAGAAAAAAAUAUAUAAAUACAUGUUGCAUUUACUUUAAACACAACUUAAAGAAGCCAAUUUCCAUGGAUACUCGUGCCUGCCAACAGAGAAUACCAUUAUCGACAGAUGGAACAGACAGAUGUGUCAAAAACUUAUGCAGAUAAUUUGGAUGCAAUUUGUAUUUUAUUCAUGUGUUUUCCUCCCAAGAAAUCCCAUUUGGAUGGAAAAAACAGACGGCCACAAGACAAGUUGUUAUUUAUUUACUGGAAGCAUUUCUCCAGAGAGGCCUAUGUGUUACUGCCUUCUUAGCUUGUUAUUAUUUGUUAUGAAUUUGUAGCAGCAAACUUCUUUUAUUACUGUGAUUAAAAAAUAUUAAUUGCUGGAUUUAUCCUA